AUGACCUUCCUUGCACCGGGACGGGAGCUGUCGCGCCAGACACUUCGUGUGAUCCGCGACCUCCUGAAGCCGUUCCGCCCUGUGCUGAACGUCACAGCACUGGUGGGACAGGAUAACCACAAGCGCCAGGACGAGGUUUUGCGAGACAGGGCACCUGUAGUGGUGGUGGGCACUCCUGGCAAGAUCAUGGACCACGCCAUGGAAGGCCGCCUCAUUCUCAGUGAGCUGGAUGCUGUGGUGAUUGAUGAGGUUGAUUCGCUUCUCAGCAUGUCGCGCCAGGACCACGUGGAGCUACUCUUGCAGAUGAUCGGGGUGAAUGCUCGAGCCCAGCGUGUCUUGGUGUCGGCCAGCGGGUCCAUGGAGGGCGAUGCCAUUGGCUUUGCAGAGGCCAUUUUGCGGGAUAAUUGGCAGCUGGUGGGUCCUCGCCACGGCAUGGAGCUGCCACAGCGGGUGCUGCAUCUCGUGAACGGAGCACCUGAUCUGACCAAGAAGCUUCAAUUCAUGGGGCGAUUGGCCAGGUCGCAGCCAACGUGCACCAGUAUGGUGGUGUUUUGCAACAACCACGAGCGCGUGAGAAAGGUGGCCGAGCAGCUGAACGAGCAGAAGAUCCCCACGGAGUACUUGACCGGGAACCGAUCCAAGGAGGCCCGGGAUAAUGCUAUCACCCGCUUCGACGAGGGUGAGGUUCAGGCCCUUGUGGCCACUGAUGCGGCGAUGCGGGGCUUGGACUUUAGGCUUGAGCCGCUUGGGGCGAAGAGCCCAAAGACCGCGGGCGGUGUCUUCGGCCCGCACAGAGACGCGGAGCUUUGCCGCGCGACCGCUGCGUAUGCUGCGUACCUCGGCAGCCGACGGCUGAGAUGCCAGCGGCGCGCAGUGCUGGAAGCCCCGGUGGCAGCUCCGAAAGCCACGGUGGAAGAGGAAACCAGGCAGAAGCGGGCCGAUCAGUACCGAUUGCUUCUCUUCACCGAGGUCUUGAUGUCUUUCACUGACACAGAUGGAGACAAUAUCCGAUUACAGAAGGAAGGCAUGUUCGUGAAUGAGUAUGUCAAUGAUCGCUUGGAAAUCCGACGCAUGGAGUAUUUCGAUAUAGAUGAGAAAGCGCGAUCCUAUCACGACCCAACCGGGCGAGGCUGGUUUCGAUCAUCGGAAGAUGUCGCGGAGCUGGUGCGAAAGAAAGAGUUGAUGUUCAUCGAGCGGGACUUUCUGGCGAGAUGUUUGAUGACGGUUUGUGGAUUGAAAGAGAGCAGCGCAUAUCAGGUUAUGAUGCAGGCCCACACCGAGGGGGUUGCAGUUGUUGGAACAUAUGCUUUUGAGACGGCCGAGACCUACUGUGCAGCUCUGAAUGCCAAGGGUCUGAGUGCUGAGAUAGUUCCAGUGGACGGCGAAUAG